UCUGUCGCAACAGUCUCGUUUCACCUCGUUUUCCUUACACCUGGAGGACGCACUUGUGCGAUUGAGCAAGGCACACAUUUCAUUGGAGUCAACGAACUCCCAGGCUAAGUGCAGAGUGGGCAGGUCAAACACGCGGAAGGCCACUCCCCGGAGAUGCCGCUCAUCGAGGUUAUCGCGAAUGACCGUCUCGGUCGGAAAGUAAGAGUCAAGUGCUCGCCGGACGAUACUGUUGGUGAUCUAAAGAAGCUCAUCGCCGCACAGACCGGAACGACUCCAGAAAAGAUCCAGCUCAAGAAAUGGUACACAGUCUUCAAGGACCACAUUACGCUUGCAGACUAUGAGAUUCACGACGGCGCGUCCCUGGAGAUGUACUGAUGGGAAUCAAUGCACAAGAUUGUUAAGAUCCGACCUCUGAACUUAUCCUCGCGCCUCAGCUAAAGUCUGCCAUUUCGGGAAUCGAACGACUGCUGAUGUGCGCCGAAAGCACAGUCAUCUUGCCUUGCCGAUCCGCUCCACCUCGCCUUGGCCUUUCACUUGUUCCCUCUUUGCUGCCGCCGCUUCCGCUGUCGAUCCCAUUCAGGUGGCGGAUGUCCUUUCAGUAUGCAUGCUUCCAUAUGCCGGAGCAGAAGCUCGGGCUUAUUGAUGACAAUGUAACCAGAGGCUGUCAACCAUGCGCUUGGACGUGCCACCGGCUACCUUGCCAGCAAUUUGGGUAGAGAAGCCACUGAGGCAAGGGGAACAAGGAUCAGUCUCUUUCAUGAGUCUCAAGCUUUUGCAAUUAUCUCUGUUCGAAAUAUAUGCCAAAUGUAGCGCAC